AUCCUCACACUUUUCACAUGCUUAAUUUCAGCUAGCUCCAGCUUUAUAUAAAAGUGGACCUGAGUAGACACAUGGGUGAGAAUUUCUUGCCUGAGCUCUAUAGCAUGAGCAUUCAUCCCUAUCUGGGACCAUUUCCCCCCCUCCUGGAUGAAAAUGGAAACUCGAUUGAACACCCCAGCAGUGAAUCAGAGAUGGAGCUGGCCUAUGAGACUGCAGACCCCUUAGCUGAGUCAUGGUUGCAACCAUUGAAAGUUACUCUUUUUCUGCUCCUCCUCUAUUCGGCGUACUACCAAUAUGUGAUGGUAAAGAAACCAAAGGUUGUCUGUCACGACCCUGGACGUAUGGAAGAUCUAAAGAAGCACUGUCCUGUGUUAUUUGAGAAGUAUCGACUCACACCGUGGGCUCCUAAUGCAUACAUGCAGACAAUACUCAGAGGCAUUUUUCAAAGCUUGCCUGCUCAUGAGAGAAGACGGGAGGAACUAACAAUGAAGAGUGAUGGUGGCCGUGUGUGCCUGGACUGGUUCAAUGAGAAGACAGAUAACCAACCAACAGUGCUCAUGCUACCUGGAAUCACUGGAAGCAGUGAGGACAACUACGUUUGUCAUUGGGUACAGAAUAUGACCGAACUUGGUUACAGGUCUGUCGUGUUCAACUACAGAGGCUGCAGCUACAAAUUAACUACUCCGAGAAUGUAUUCUGGGUCUGAAAUUGACGAUCUUGUUGAAGUAGUCAGUCACAUCACUAGCAAGCUUCCUCGUGCUCCAUUGAUAGCUAUUGGCACGUCCAUGGGAACAAUGUUGUUACUAAAGUAUUCGGUAGAAUGUAAGGAAAAUCCAUUUCAGGCUAUCUUUCUUAUCUCGGCAUUAUGGGAUAGCUUUGAAACAGACAGAUGUAUGUAUAAACCUCUCUGCAAGUACACUCUCAGCAGGACCCUUGUCAACAGCUAUUUAGGAAUGAUAAAAGAGAAUUGGUCUGUAUUUGAAGAAAGUGACAAGAAAGGAGAGUUACCUUUUGACUUACAAGAAGCUCUGAACAUAAGAGAUAUGCGCACACUUGUGGAUAAAGUGAUUGCUCCUAUGUUUGGUCGUAAUAAUAACAAGGGUGCGUGCGAAGCGUGCUAUUCCCACUCUCGAGUCGACGAUCUGACAGUCCCAAUUCUUGCCCUGAAUGCAGCAGACGACCCCCUCACCUCUACAAAUGUUAUUCCAGAACAAGAGGCUAAGCACAACACCAACCUGAUGCUGGUAACAACGGAGAGAGGUGGACACAUUGGGUUUAUGGAGGGAGUAUUACCUUUCAAGAAGACACUGAUUGAUAGAGCACUAAUACAGUUUGCCCGAGCUGUGUUCGAGCAUGAUGCAUUCUCAAGAUAGACUCAAUGAUUGACUCAAUUAAUGCCCCUUAGCUCUUUCAAAUUUGCAAGAAUCAUGUUCUAUUGCAUGCAUGCUGUAGGCAUCUCAUUAUUGUGUACCACCGAC